AUGGCGCCCCGUUCCUACUCCAAGACGUACAGCGUCCCACGUCGUCCUUUCGAGUCCGCUCGUCUGGAUACUGAGCUGAAGCUCGUCGGCGAGUAUGGUCUCCGCAACAAGCGUGAGGUCUGGCGCGUCCAGUUGACCCUGUCCAAGAUCCGUCGUGCCGCUCGUUCGCUUCUUACUCUCGACGAGAAGGACCCCAAGCGCCUCUUCGAGGGUAACGCUCUCAUUCGCCGUCUCGUACGUGUCGGUGUCCUUGACGAGUCCCGCAUGAAGCUCGAUUACGUCUUGGCCCUCAAGAUUGAGGACUUCUUGGAGCGCCGUCUCCAGACCUGUGUCUACAAGCUCGGUCUUGCCAAGUCUAUCCACCACGCUCGUGUCCUGAUCCGCCAGCGCCACAUCCGCGUCGGCAAGCAGAUCGUCAACGUUCCCUCCUUCAUGGUCCGCCUCGACUCCCAGAAGCACAUCGACUUCGCUCUGACCUCGCCAUUCGGUGGCGGCCGCCCUGGCCGUGUCAGGAGGAAGAAGGCCAAGGCCGCCGAGAAGGGUGGUGACGAGGAUGCUGGCGAGGAGGACGAGGAGUAG